GUCUGAUUCUCAAAUAAGUGCUAAGAAGCAAUGAAUAUCGUGCUUUUAAUACUAUUAUCUAAGCCAAAAUAUUAGUAUUGGUUAGUAUAUAAAAUGGUGUAUGUGGAAUGUGUUGUGCUUUAAAUUGAAAUGAACCAAUAUUAUUCAAAGAUACAAGUGUGUGUAUAAAUGUAUACCUGCAUUAUGAUUCAUUUAAACUAGUGUCAUUCUCUAUUUAUGUGUACAUAUAUGCAUUACCAUGUAUAAUAAUUAUAUUAAGUUUACUAUUAUUUAUUUAAAUCCAUAAUGGCUGUUACACGUAGCACAGAUAUUUUGACAGGAUACUGGUUUGACAUAUUGUUACGAAUUGUCUUAGUAGGAUUGUUCAUCGAACUGGAGAAAGCAGAACCAUUUACAAGGAAAAUUCAUGAGGAUGAACUAUGGUUAUAUAAAAAUCCAAAAACUGAUUCAUAUGUACCAACUACAUUAUUAUGGCCUUUGGUUUUCAUAAUACCAUCCAUGGUGAUCUUAUUUACCUUUUUAAUUUAUAAAGACAGGACUGAUACUUAUCAAGCAAUAUUAUGUGUAACUUUAGCAUUAGGAUUUAAUGGUGUUAUUACAGACAUUAUAAAACUCAUAGUUGGCCGUCCUAGACCAGAUUUUUUCUGGAGAUGUUUCCCUGAUGGCCAAGCAAAUUCUGAUUUUAAAUGUAGUGGAAAUCCAGUUGCUAUAAGAGAUGGCAAGAAAUCAUUUCCAAGUGGACAUUCUUCAUUUGCAUUUGCAAGUUUUGGUUUCAUUGCAUUGUACAUAGCUGGCAAGUUACACACAUUUAGUUUAAGGGGCAAGGGACAGUCAUGGAAAUUAUGUGCAUUUAUAUUACCAAUUUGUAUUGCUCUUGUAAUUGCAUUAAGCAGAACUUGUGAUUAUCACCAUCAUUGGCAAGAUGUGGUUGCAGGUUCAAUAAUAGGAUAUUUCUUAACAUAUAUAUGUUAUAGACAUUAUUAUCCACCAUUAGAUUCUCAAGUAUGUCAUGUACCAUACUCUGCGCUUACUUUACAAAUUCAGUUGGAAAAUACAAAGACUAGGAAUGAACAGGUCAAAUGGAUUUAAUAAAAAAAAGACGAAUUAUGGUAUUAAACUAAUUAUAAUAGUAUUGGA